AUGCCUCGUAAGCAAAAAACAGCCGAAUCUGUCAUCCAGGAUCGCGAGAAUCAACGCCGGUCCCGCGCGCGCCGCCGCGACUACGUCCAAUACCUGGAGGCGCGUGUCCGAGAGUACGAGAAGACGGGCGCGCAGGCGACGAUUGAAAUGCAGCAGGCUGCUCGCGCCGUCCAAGCCGAGAACAAGUCGCUGCGCGCGAUUCUCGCCUCUUACGGGCUUUCGCCUGCUGCCAUCCAGAUGAAAAUCGACCAAGACGCACAACGGGCAGAGCCUCCUUCUUCCACCUCUGACUUGCAAGUGCAUCCGGAGCCCACCACACCAUUGGAGAAACCGUGCGAGGAGGCCGCCGCCAUCCUUGCGCAGCUAGGGAAUGGAUCCGACUCUACGUCGAUUCGCAACUUGCUCGGCUGUGUUGGAGAGGGGAAGUGCUUUGUCAGGAAUACAGAACUGAUGCAGAUAAUGGAAGAGGAAACACAACGGUGA